CUUAUUGCAACACCCCUAUUAUUUGUCUAGCUUUUACUUCAAACUUGUCAAGAAUCUCGUAAAUUCUAAUUUUAACUUUUAAGUAAAAACUAACUGAUCGUAGUUCAGCAUUUUGUAUGAUUAACUUUAGGUAGUCGUUUUCUUUCUGAAAAAUGAGUUACUUAUAAGCAUCUAACUAUAAAUCAUGGAAAAUCUAUCAUUUCGAUUAUUAAACUCUACUAAUACAAAUUCUGUUUACAAGAAUCGUGAGAUCUUCUCGUAUGAAGAAAAACUUACCAUUCGGAUAAGUUACGCUAUUGUUACUUGUAUAGGCAUAAUAUCAAAUUGCAUCGUUUCUUACCUUAUUAUUCGCAAUCGUUAUCUUAGAACUAUUGUCAAUUUGCUAAUUUUGAACCUAGCAAUUUCAGACAUAAUUGCAUGUUUAAGCAUGUACCCCUUUAUUUACUUUAACUUGUCUGAGACAAGCAUACGAGGUACUGCAGCAGAUGUGUUAUGUGGGUUUACAGAAGGUUUGUAUGGUUUCUUUGCCGCAGCCACUGUUUCAUUAAUAACUUUAAGUGUGCUUUCUAUAAGCAGAUAUUUGGGUAUAAACCAUCCAAUGAAGGUAACUUGGAAACUCGGGUUUAAACAUAUGAAAUGGGUAUUUGGAUUAUCUUGGGCAUUGAGUCUGGUACUUCUUAUACCAAACGUUUUAUCAUUUAAAUACAAUGAAGAUCUAAAGCUAUGCAUAAGAAAUUGGGCAAGUGGUGUUAACCCACUAACUUACUUUAUUUUUACAGGACUUUUAGGCGUGUUUCUGCCUUUAUCUUCUCUCUCGUUUACGUACUUCACCAGUUUAUAUACUCUAUGGUUCAAAGGUCGAUUAAGUAAAAAUAGAAAGAAAAAUAACUCAGUUGCAUCAGAAAGCAGUAUUAUACUAAAAAGACGAGCCCUAAAGCUGCUAGGUGUUCUUGUGCUAAUUUAUUUAAUUUGCUGGUCACCUUUUGCUACAUACUGGCUUCUAUCCGUAGUUAUUGGAGAGUACUCGGUAGGUAAUUUUGAGGAUGAAAGAAAAAGCAUUCGCAUUACAAGACUAACACUAUUUUUUGCUGUAUCCAACACUGUACUUAAUCCAAUAGUCUACGCGUAUACAAGCAGACAACUGAGAUCUGCUUUUAAAUUACUAAUUGGAAUGCGUGGUCGUGCUAUAUCAAAUUCAACAAGAAGAAACACUUUAAGUCAACCAUCUCCUAACUAUUUAAUACCCCCUCAAUUUAACAUGCAUGAAAUUUCUUCUGAAUGCUCGUCUGCAGUAUUUUAUAAUCCACUGGCAAUUCACGAGCUUCCAUUUGACAAUAAUAAUAUUGUGCGUGCUUCGCCAAAAUUAGUUGCAAAAAUAUCACAGCUAUAAAACUCGUUGUAAGUGUUUGCUGUAAGUGGUCGCUGCUAACACAUUUAUAAAACUGUUUAUAAAAAGUUAUGUUUUACAAAAAAAGACUUUUGAACAAUACAUUCAAUAACAAUAGUAAAAACUGUCUACUAGAUUCAGUCGAUUGGCUUAGUUUUUUACUGAAACCAUUUCAACCAAUCCAAAAAAUAAAAAUAAUUAAUUUCACCAUCAGAUAGUUUUAAAUCGAAAUCUGUUAAAACUUCAUAUAUUUAAAUCAUUUUGAUUGCAUUUAUUAACAAUUCCAAAUGUGUUUGAAUUGUUCCAUUAACAAUUCCUAAUAUAUUCGAACUGUAUUACAGUUUCCUUUUUUACUUGAAGAAUUAUGUCUGCACAGUAUAAAGAAGUUACCAAUAAAUAUGUAAAAACUAUAUAUUUUGUAAACGUCAGUUGUAAAUUAUAUUUAUUUGUGAAUUUUAUAUUGAAAUUUUUUCAAUAAAGUUUGUAAAAACAUUAA